CGAAACACGUCACACCCCCAAAGAAAAUAAACAAGAAAUGGGCCAGCUGGUCAAGGCUGGUGUCCCAAUAACAUAAUGCGACGGUGUAACUUAGCCAAUAUAAGAAUAUAUAAUAUUUUGGGCAUAUAGGUAACCAGAAGUACGUUGUUCAGUACGCUAUCAGCGCAACAUUGAAGUACAAAUUGUGAAUUUCGGAUGUGAUGAGCUAAGUACGUGCAUGCUAGCUAGGUAGCUAGCCAUGCUAUCAACUUAAUUAGCUAGAUAGCUACCACCAAUCUUGAAUGUUUUCUUGUCAUUGACAGCCAAUAUGUUUUUACUAAAAUAGUACCUAGCUAGAGUCUAAGUUAGCUAGCUGUUUUUUGUCAACACACACAAGCUUAAUAUGGACACACUGGAGUUCUUAGCUAAGAUGACUAUAGAAUGGGGCUAGACAAAAUCCAGCAUUUUUUUGACUUUGACAAGCCAUUGAUAUAGCCUGCCAACAGUUGUAAGAUGAAUGUGGCUGUCCUUACCCACCAGAAUGUGUUUUUACGUUACAGGGGCAUUCCAUGAUGGACAGUGAUCUAAGUCCUCAGGAUAAAAAAGACUUGGACAAGUUCAUAAAGUUUUUCGCUUUGAAGGUACUCUCUUUAAUUAUACGCAAUAUUGCCACAAUUAGAUUAUCAAGCACUUUCUACAGUAUUCCUGAGCUGAUUAAUUCACUGAGGUUGAUAAUUUACUAAUUUCUCUCUGUCAUCAGACAGUGCAGGUGAUAGUCCAAGCGCGACUUGGGGAAAAAGUAUGCACACGCUCCUUGUCUUCACCUACUGGCUCUGAUUGGGUAAGUCACCAUUCAUUCUUGCCUCUCAACUCAUGAAUUUACCUGUGCCAAUUUUUGUCCUGAAAGGGUUGUAGAUUAAAGUCUCAUUAAACUCAAUUAUUUUCACCAGUUCAAUCUGGCAAUCAAAGAUAUCCCAGAAGUUACACAUGAGGCAAAGAAAGCUCUGGCCGGGCAGCUUCCUGGCAUCGGACGAUCCAUGUGUGUUGAGAUCUCCCUCAAAACCUCAGAGGUAAGAUAGCACAGACUGGUGUUACAGACAGUCCUUGAGACCAGUGGUCUGGAUCAUUGGGCAUUUGUUCAUCAAUAAAUCCAAGUGACUGUAAAGGUUAGAAAAAUAACAUGUUUUUGUCAUAUUUUCCAGGGAGACUCAAUGGAAUUAGAGACAUGGUGUCUCGAAAUGAACGAGAAGUAAGUAAUGAGAAAAGUUUUUUAUUUUCUUCUUUUUGUGCUCCAGUUUUUGUAGUUUCUUUUUACAUUUGAUGGAAUGUAACACUCAUUGUAAAAUGUAUGAUUCUGUUUUUGCAGGUGUGACAAAGAUAUUAAGGUGUCCUACACUGUCUAUAACCGCCUGUCAUUACUGCUCAAGUCACUGCUGGCCAUAACAAGGGUAACCCCAGCCUACAAACUCUCACGAAAGCAAGGGCAUGACUAUGUCAUACUGUACAGGUUUGUUUGUUUUAUGGUACACAGAUAUGUGUUAUCAUUAUUUUGACUUAGUAAACAAUCUCACUAAUAGAUACAUUCUUUUGCAGGAUAUAUUUUGGAGAGGUUCAACUCACAGGAUUGGGAGAAGGUAACCAUGCCCGUUAUAUUAUUGAUACAUUUAGUUGGUUGUCUGGGUCUGUGGAAGUGUUGUAUAGGGCUGUGAAGAUUCUGACAUUUGUUGUUUGUGAAUGCUGUUUUUCAGGGUUCCAGACAGUGCGUGUAGGAGUUGUGGGAACUCCCAUUGGAACCAUCACCUUAUCUUGUGCUUACAGGACAAACCUGGCCUUCAUGUCCACCAGGUACAGAAACAGAAGCCGUUCUUGUUCACAGCCCUGCAUGGCCUCACUCCUCAGCGGUCUCAAAUGCACUGCCUGUAAAAUCUGCCACUAUGUUUUCCCCUUUUCUUCCAUGUCCUCUCCUUAUUCUCCACUGGUUUUAUCGAUACACUUCCCUUAUUCCUAAUUCUACAUUCAUAAUCUCAUAGGCAGUUUGAGAGGACGGCUCCGAUUAUGGGUAUAAUUAUUGACCACUUCGUUGAGCGCCCCUUUGGCAACAUGGGACACAUGCAUCCAUGUAACUACAGGUGGGUUAGCCCUAGCCCAAACACCUAUACUGACCCAAUACAAUUAUUUAUUAUCUUCUUUAGUGAAGGUAUAAAAUAAAGGAUAGUGUAACAAUCCGGUCAUGCUUGUUUGACUAUGUUUGUUUGACUUCCCUAUACUCAAGAGCACCAGGGGAAGAUGAAGGAGCAUACACUGGGGUGGAGGAUUCUCAGGAAGUGUGCACCACCUCCUUCUCCACUUCUCCACCCUCACAAGUACGUAUGUCACUGCCUAGCAAAGUAUAUCUUUGCAACAUGUGUAACUUCACAGGUGCUGUCCAUGGUGAGAUUUGUGAAUGUGACUUACUUAGACACACCGAUAUGUGAAAGACUCCCUCUCAUGUCUUAAUUCACUUCCAAAUGGGUCAGGUGUUUUCUUAAACUAUUUUGUCUUGCACCGCAUUCAAAUAGAUAUACAUAUUCAAAACAUUUGACCCAUAUUGAUGAUCAUACAUCCAAAACUGUUGUGUGUAUUUGUGUAUCUGGAGGCUUGUUUGUGUAUUGGUGGUUUGGUAUUCUCAUACCCAAAGCUCAUGUCACAAGCCUGGCAGUGGGAAAAGCCGACGUUUUGUGUUGGAGACAUUACCAAGCCCCCAUACCAUAUGUGUCCUUUCCAUUUUCUGUAUAAGUGCUUUAAUUUCUUAGCCCCUUCCUUUCUCUCUCUCUCUUUCUGUGCUGUCUGUGUAGUGUGUGUUCACUGUAAGUAAGGCACAUUUAAAGACGCCUAAACCUGCAGUGAUGGACACUCUGAAAGUCCCCAUGAUGGGCCUGGCCUUCUCACACCAAGUGAGUCUUGUGUGGGCAUGUAUCUCACUCACUCACAAUGCCUGAGGUGUUCCAGGACUAUUUGGCCUGUCUUCUAUUACCUCUUUAAAAGUAAUACAAGUAUAGCUUAAAAGCAAAUCAAUGAAGCAAUCAAAUGGGACAGCUCUGUAUCCCUUACAUUAGGGCGCAUAUAAUAUAUAUUUACAUUUACAUUUACAUUUUAGUCAUUUAGCAGACGCUCUUAUCCAGAGCGACUUAGUUAGUGAGUGCAUACAUUUUUCAUACUAUGUUUAUUGUGUAGAGAAUCCUCUAAGAAAACCAAUGGUCAUAACCUCAUCGCUCUAUAAUAAUCAGUUCAAAUGUUAUUGGAGUUGUUAACCCUUGUAGAAUGGACAGAAUUAGGGUGACUAAAUCAAUGGAGUCCAGAAAAAAAAGGUGGUACAAAAUCAGGAAAAUUGCAUAUUUUAGUAUACACUUUUCAUAUUCAUUCGAAAUUCGUGUUCUUUUUAGAAGAUUUCUCACAAAAACAAGCAUAUCUCUGUGAAAUGUCAAUGGCACACUGAGCGUUUGCCAAGCUUUUUAUUUUCAAAGCCUUUUACAUUUAAUUCAGCUCGUGUCAUGCUAAUUGCACUUUUUGCGACCUACGGAAACAACUUUGAAGACGAUGACCACAAAAUGUAAAAUGCUCAAAAGUUGUUACGAGAAACCUGCACCGCUAGGUCAACAGAGCUCGGUGCUUAUUAUCGGAUGUAUAAUGUUACGAAAUCCGACUUUUUGUAUGUAAUGUUAAUGAUAUGUUAGAGAGACUCCACUGAACGAUUCAGAACAUGAAUAAUCAUAUUUGUAAAAGGUACACUACCAUUCAAAAGUUUUGGGAAAAUGUCCUUGUUAUCGAAAGAAAAGCAUUUUUUUGGUCCAUUAAAAUAACAGCAAAUUGAUCAGAAAUACAAUGUAGACAUUAUUAAUGUUGUAAAUGGCUAUUGUAGCUGGAAACGGCUGAUUUUUAAUGGAAUAUCUACAUAGGUGUACAGAGGCCCAUUAUCAGCAACCAUCAGUCCUGUGUUCCAAUGGCACGUUGUGUUUGCUAAUCCCAGUUUAUCAUUUAAAAGGCUAAUUGAUCAUUAGAAAACCCUUUUGCAAUAAUGUUAGCACAGCUGAAAACUGUUGUGCUGAUUAAAGAAGCAAUAAAACUGGCCUUCUUGAGACUAUUUGAGUAUCUGGAGCAUCAGCAAUUGUGGGUUCGAUUACAGGCUCAAAAUGGCAAGAAACAUAGAACUUUCUUCUGAAACUCGUCAAUCUAUUCUUGUUCUGAGAAAUGAAGGCUAUUCCAUGUGAGAAAUUGCCAAGAAACUAAAGAUCUCAUUAAAUAGUACCCGCAAAACACCAGUCUCAACGUCAACAGUGAAGAGGCGACUCCGGGAUGCUGACCUUCUAGGCAGAUUUGCAAAGAAAAAGCCAUAUUUCAGACUGGCCAAUAAAAAUAAAAGAUUAAGAUGGGCAGUCUGAGAUACAGGUGAAGUCGGAAGUUUACAUACACCUUAGCCAAAUACAUUUAAACUCAGUUUUUCACAAUUCCUGACAUUUAAUCCUAGUAAAAAUGCCCUGUUUUAGGUCCGUUAGGAUCACCACUUUAUUUUAAGAAUGUGAAAUGUCAGAAUAAUAGUAGAGAUAAUUAUUUAUUUCAGCUUUUAUUUAUUUCAUCACAUUCCCAGUGGGUCAGAAGUUUACAUACACUCAAUUAGUAUUUGGUAGCAUUGCUUUUAUAUUGUUUAACUUGGGUCAAAUGUUUUGGGUAGCCUUCCACAAGCUUCCCACAAUAAGUUGGGUGAAUUUUGGCCCAUUCCUCCUGACAGAGCUGGUGUAACUGAGUCAGGUUUGUAGGCCUCCUUGCUCGCACACGCUUUUUCAGUUCUACCCACACAUUUUCUAUAGGAUUGAGGUCAGGGCUUUGUGAUGGCCACUCCAAUACCUUGACUUUGUUGUCCUUAAGCCAUUUUGCCACAACUUUGGAAGUAUGCUUGGGGUCAUUGUCCAUUUGGAAGACCCAUUUGCGACCAAGCUUUAACUUCCUGACUGAUGUCUUGAGAUGUUGCUGCAAUAUAUCCACAUAAUUUUCCUUCCUCAUGAUGCCAUCUAUUUUGUGAAGUGCACCAGUCCCUCCUGCAGCAAAGCACCCCCACAGCAUGAUGCUGCCACCCGCGUGCUUCACGUUGGGAUGGUGUUCUUCGGCCUGAAAGUAACCCCCUUUUUCCUCCAAACAUAACGAUGGUCAUAAUGGCCAAACAGUUCUAAUUUUGUUUAAUCAGAGCAGAGGACAUUUCUCCAAAAAAGUAAGAUCUUUGUCCCCAUGUGCAGUUACAAACCGUAGUCUGGCUUUUUCAUGGCGGUUUUGGAGCAGUGGCUUCUUCCCUGCUGAGCGGCCUUUCAGGUUAUGUCAAUAUAGGACUAGUUUUACUGUGGAUAUAGAUACUUUUGUACCUGUUUCCUCCAGCAUCUUCACAAGGUCCUUUGCUGUUGUUCUGGGAUUGAUUUGCACUUUUCGCACCAAAGUACGUUCAUCUCUAGGAGACAGAAUGCGUCUCCUUCCUGAGCGGUAUGACAGCUGCGUGGUCCCAUGGUGUUUAUACGUGCGUACUAUUGUUUGUACAGAUGAAUGUGGUACCUUCAGGCGUUUGGAAAUUGCUCCCAAGGAUGAACCAGACUUGUGGAGGUCUACCAUUUUUUGUGAGGUCUUGGCUGAUUUCUUUUGAUUUUCCCAUGAUGUCAAGCAAAGAGGCACUGAGUUUGAAGGUAGGCCUUGAAAUACAUCCACAGGUACAUCUCCAAUUGACUCAAUUAUGUCAAUUAGCCUAUCAGAAGCUUCUAAAGCCAUGACAUCAUAUUCUGGAGAUUUUCCAAGCUGUUUAAAGGCACAGUCAACUUAGUGUAUGUAAAAACGUCUGACCCACUGGAAGUGUGAUACAGUGAAUUAUAAGUGAAAUAAUCAGUCUGUAAACAAUUGUUGGAAAAAUUACUUGUGUCAUGCACAAAGUAGAUGUCCUAACCGACUUGCCAAAACUAUAGUUUGUUAACAAGAAAUUUGUGGAGUGGUUGAAAAACGAGUUAUAAUGACUCUAACUUAAGUGUACGUAAACUUCCGACUUCAACUGUAUGGCUUUUUCUUUGCAACUCUGCAUAGAAGGUCAGCAUCCCGGAGUCGCCUCUUCACUGUUGACGUUGAGACUGGUGUUUUGCGGGUACUAUUUAAUGAAGCUGGCAGUUGAGGACCUGUGAGGCAUCUGUUUCUCAAACUAGACACUUGUCUUCUUAUUCAGUUGUGCACCGGAGCCUCCCACUCGUCUUUCUAUUCUGGUUAGAGCCAGUUUGUGCUGUUCUGUCAAAGGAGUAGUACACAGCGUUGUACGAGAUCUUCAGUUUCAUGGCAAUUUCUCACAUGGAAUAGCCUUCAUUUCUCAGAACAAGAAUAGACUGACAAGUUUCAGAAGAAAGUUAUUUGUUUCUGGCCAUUUUGAGCCUGUAAUCGAACCCACAAUUGCUGAUGCUCCAGAUACUCAAAUAGUCUCAAGAAGGCCAGUUUUAUUGCUUCUUUAAUCAGCACAACAGUUUUCAGCUGUGCUAACAUAAUUGCAAAAGGGUUUUCUAAUGAUCAAUUAGCCUUUUAAAAUGAUAAACUGGGAUUAGCAAACACAACGUGCCAUUGGAACACAGGACUGAUGGUUGCUGAUAAUGGGCCUCUGUACGCCUAUGUAGAUAUUCCAUUAAAAUCAGCCGUUUCCAGCUACAAUAGCCAUUUACAACAUUAACAAUGUCUACAUUGUAUUUCUGAUAAAUGUGAUGUUAUUUUAAUGGACAAAAUUUUUGCUUUUCUUUCGAAAACAAGGACAUUUCUAAGUGACCCCAAACUUUUGAACGGUAGUGUAUAUUAUAACAUAAGGAAGUACUUAUGUCAUUAGCUACUGACUUAUUUACUGACUGUCCUAGAAUUCCUAACCUAAAUCCUUUCCACAUUUAUUUAUUUUUUAACCUUUAUUUAACUAGGCAAGUCAGUUAAGAACAAAUUCUUAUUUACAAUGACGGCCUACACCGGCCAAACCCGGACGAUGCUGGGCCAAUUGUGCGCCGCCCUAUAGGACUCCCAAUCACGGCCGAUUGGGAUACAGCCUGGAAUCGAACCAGAGGGUCUGUAGUGACGCCUCAAGCACUGAUUUGCUGAUAAUGAUUCCUUAACAAAUAGUUAGUCAUCACUUAAAUAUAUUAAUAUAUUAUCACGUUCAAUGUCAGGGUAAGUAAAAUCUGCCUAGAAGAGCUGUGCUUAAAAUUGUUACCCUAUCCUCUCUAAUUCUAUACUUUCUACUUCCUGAUGCCUGCUCCCAUCACCCCAUUUCUCCUCUAUGGAUUAAUUCAUGUUUUAGCUCUCUCUUUUCUUUCUUUCUUACUUCUCUCUCUCUCGCUCUCUCUCUCUCUCUCGCUCUCUCUCUCUCUCGCUCUCUCUCUCUCUCUCUCGCUCUCUCAGCUCUACUGCUCUCGUCUUUCUUAUCAGCCUCCUGUGGUUGUUGGAGCUGCUGACUUCUGCCCCCCCUCCACCUUAAACACUGCCAACCCACACCAGGUAACCACCCAGAUAUUGAGCUAGUCAAAUCACAUUUGAUUUGAGGUGUCAAUUAACAGUGAAAUGUGAAAUUGAGGUAAAUAUGUACACUACAAGUCAAAAGUUUGGACACACCUACUCAUUCAAGGGGUUUUCUUUAUUUUUACUAUUUUUUACAUUGUAGAAUAAUAGUGAAGACAUCAAAACGAUUAAAUAACACAUGGAAUCAUGUAGUAACCAAAAAAGUGUUAAACAAAUCAAAAUAUAUUUUAUAUAUGAGAUUCUUCAAAUAGCCACCCUUUGCCUUGAUGACAGCUUUGCACACUCUUGGCAUUCUCUCAACCAGCUUCAUGAGGUAGUCACCUGGAAUGCAUUUCAAUUAACAGGUGUGCCUUCUUAAAAGUUAAUUUGUGGAAUUUCUUUCCUCCUUAAUGUGUUUGAGCCAAUCAGUUGUGUUGUGACAAGGUAGGGGUGGUAUACAGAAGAUAACCCUAUUUGGUAAAAGACAAAGUCCAUAUUAUGUAAAGAACAGCUCAAAUAAGCAAAGAGAAACGACAGUCCAUCAUUACUUUAAGACAUGAGGUCAGUCAAUAUGAAACAUUUCAAAAACGUUUAAAGUUUCUUCAAGUGCAGUCACAAAAACCAUCAAGCGCUAUGAUCAAACUGGCUCUCAUGAGGACCGCCACAGGAAUGGAAGACCCAGAGUUACCUCUGCUGCAGAGGAUAAGUUCAUUAGAGUUACCAGCCUCAGAAAUUGCAGCCCAAAUAAAUGCUUCACAGAGUUCAAGUAUCAGACACAUCUCAACAUCAACUGUUCAGAGGAGACUGUGUGAAUCAGGCCUUCAUGGUCGAAUUGCUGCAAAGAAACCACUACUAAAGGACCCAAAAAGAAGAAGAGACUUGCUUGGGCCAAGAAACACAAGCAAUGGACAUUAGACCAGUGGAAAUGUGUCCUUUGGUCUGGAGUCCAAAUUUGAGAUUUUUGGUGGGUGAAUGGAUGAACUCCGCAUGUGUAUUUCCCACUGUAAAGCAUUGAGGAGGAGGUGUUAUGGUGUGGGGGUGCUUUGCUGGUGACACUGUCUGUGAUUUAUUUAGAAUUCAAGGUACACUUAACCAGGAUGGCUACCACAGCAUUCUGCAGCGAUAUGCCAUCCCAUCUGGUUUGGCCUUAGUGGGACUAUCAUUUGUUUUUCAACAGGACAAUGACCCAACACACCUCCAGGCUGUGUAAGGGCUAUUUUACCAAGAAGGAGAGUGAUGGAUUGCUGCAUCAGAUGGCCUGGCCUCCUCAAUCCCCCGACCUCAACCCAAUUGAGAUGGUUUGGGAUGAGUCGGACUGCAGAGUGAAGGAAAAGCAGCCAACACUUUUUUUUCGUUACUACAUGAUUCCAUAUGUUAUUUCAUAGUUUUGAUGUCUUCACUAUUAUUCAACAAUCUAGAAAAUAGUAAAAAAAAAUAAAAAAUAAACUUGAAUGAGUAGGUGUGUCCAAACUUUUGACUGGUACUGUACAAAUAACGUGACUAUGCAACAGGAUCAAUAAUAAACAGUAGCAGCAGCGUAUGUGAUGAGUCAAAAAAGUUAGUGCAAAAAGGGUCAAUGCAGAUAGUCCGGGUAGCUAUUUAACUAUUUAGCAGUCUUAUGGCUUGGGGUAGAAGCAGUUCAGGUUCCUGUUGGUUCCAGACUUGGUGCAUCGGUACCGCUUGCCGUGCGGUAGCAGAGACAACAUUCUAUGGCUUGGUUGGCUCGAGUCUUUUACAAUUUUUACGGCCUUCCUCUGACACCACCUGGUCUAGUGGUCCAGGAUGGCGCCUUGCGGUCGGAUGCCAAACAGUUGCCAUACCAAGCGGUGAUGCAGGCAGUCAAGAUGCUCUAAAUGCAUAGAUUUGAGGGCCAACAAGGGAAACAAAGCUUUGAAUAGGUGUUUCAACAUGACUCAACCAGUGCUAACUAUGGCCUUUCAUAUGUCCUCUGUAGAUGGGAAUUCCAGGGAAGGAAGGGGGCGUACCCCAGCAGGUGCCUUUGCAGCCUUGUCACGGUGCCCAGGCAGAGCAUGGACGAGUGUCCUCAUGCCCCCCUGCUGACCAUGUUCCUGCCACGCCCUCCAGCAGGUAAGCCCCAGUCUGCCAUGAUCCUAUUUGACAAAGCGAAGCACCCUGUGGAACUGGGGAUCACCUAAGAUGAUGCUUGCUUGGGAGAAACCUGUUUGUUACAACUUUGCCAUGUUAUCUUUCAAAGUGGUGAGGAUGCAGAGACCUCGUCGAGGACCGUUGAGGUGAAGAGUACGUCUCCCUCUGAUGUACUGGAGACCACAUUCACCAGGAAAGUGGGUGCCUUUGUCAACAAGCCAGGCACACAGGUAGGGAAAGCCUUUUUAUGUCCUUGUUUAAGUACAAACAUUAAAUAUUUAUUCCUGGAAGUACCCAUUUUUAUGAGUAAAGGACAAAUUACCAAUGAGUGUUAUACCCUUGUAAUUACUGCAGUAUUAAUCUAUGUCCAUUGCAGGUAACCACAGCAAGCCUGGAUUUACCAUUUGCAGCGUUUGCUCCCAGAGCCUAUGACCUCGAGGAAAAUGACCCUAUGGUAAAUCAAUUAUUCACAUAAGUAUUGUCACCCUUAAAUAACUAUUUUCUGGGUUAUGGUUAGGAGUCAUUUUAGUGCAGACAUGGUCAUGUAAUUACUUCUCCUUUGUCCAAGGUUCAGCCACCGGAGUCCCCAGCCACGUCCUCUCCCCUGCAGGGCAGUUUGCACUCCCAAGGCUCUGGUGAGAGUGGAGGUCCGGCACAGGAUGACUUUGUUAUGGUGGACUUUGUAAGUACCCUGCCUUUCGGUAAGACAGAUUGCUUUAUUUGUUUUCCAGAGGAAAACACAGACAAUGAUAGAUAGUAACUCAAUCAAUCGAACCUCAUUUCUAUGUCGUAUCAAAUGCUGCUACGAACAAAUGUCGGUUUCUGUCUGUCAAUUGUGGAUGUUAUCUGCAUAGGAAAUUCAUCUCAUGAAUUUUCUUCAUAUAUAAAUGAGCAUUACUUACAUCACUUAGCAGUGUUCAUUUAAGGCUCCUGCAUACUUGGUUGGAUUUGCUUCUAGCAGAACUCGGCUAGACAAAGUGAAUGUCUGUGCCUCGCAUACUCCCUUUAAAGACCCUUUGCUUGAAAAAUGAGAAAAAAGCAGCAAUAGUACUGUUUGUCCCUCUUGAGAUGCUGUAGCAGUAUACACUUCCUCAAAAUAGUCUGAAUUAAUCUAAGAUAACUCAAGAAAUCUAUAAUAAUUUUAGACGUCUUUGCAGUAUUUCUCAACUGAAACAAUUUGCAUGAAAACGAGUCAUCUCUCGUUGAAUGACAUCAAACGCUUCAUUGAAGAAUCCCUACUGUUGACCGGUCACCGAAGAAGGGGCGUAGACUUCGGCUACCGAACUUCGGCUUGCCUCAGGAAAAAAAUUGUGUGCACGAACAGCCGAAAAAACCCUUGCCAAAGACCAAAAUUAACAAACUGUUUCGGAUGGGAAGCAUGCAGACGCCUUUAGAAUAGUUUUCUUUCAGACUGGUAUCUGGGCUGUAGAGAGUGACCAUGAGAAAUCAAAGCCAAAACACCAAAGGCGAAUGCGACAAAGCACAUAGCAAGACCUAAUGAAAACCAAAAUCUAUCAAAGGAACUAGCUUUUAAAGCAACAGAGGGAGAGAUGUCAGCUUUGAACAUUUUAGAUAAAUGCUUCUGAUGAAGCUUAUGGGAAUGAGUGUUCUUAAUUCAAACCUCUGACCCCUUAUCUUGUGGUUAACAGUUGUGAAUUAAUUAGGACUGUGUUACUGGCAAGAACAUUUUAAAAACAUAACUUCUGGGAAUAAUAUGUGCUGCUGACAAAAAAUCGUAGGAAGAAGUCUGUUAUUAAGGAAUGGCCUGUUACAGUUGUUGCGCUCUGUGUUAUUCAGAAGCCUGCAUUCUCUAAGGAUGACCUUCUUCCCAUGGACCUUGGCACAUUCUACAGAGAGUUCCAGAACCCCCCACAGCUCGCCAGCCUCACUAUUGAUGUCAGUUCUCAGUCCAUGGCAGAAGACCUGGUGAGACACUUCUCUGACUGAGAGAGAUGGUUUCUGUUUUGUUGCCAGGUGGGGGGUGGAGGGGUCUCCUUGUGUAUGAAGUGGUCCUGUUGGAAUUUAAACGACUGACAGAUAGUAGUGAGAGGGGAACAUAGUAGUUACCAUUAUACGAUUUACUGUGUUGUUUGAAUGUCUCUUUUCUGUGGUGCUUUUUAGUCUUUAAAUCAAUAUCUUAGUCAUUCUAUGUUUGUAAUGAUGUUGUUCAUUUUCCCUACAGGACUCUCUUCCUGAAAAACUGGCAGUAUACGAGAAGAACAUUGAUGAAUUUGAUGCAUUUGUGGACACAUUGCAGUAGGGAUGACAAAUUAUCCCAUUUAGUCCAUCUGCAAGGUCCUGUUGUCUUUCAAGCUUGUUUGCAUUCAGUCUGUGUAUGCCUGUUCUUCUCUUAAUUGAAAUUCCACAUUGAUUUCUAAUCAGAAUGUUUCUCUUCAAACCUCACUGGUUGAUGUAUUGUAGAGUAAGCGAGCCUGUACCCAACAACAGAAGACAUCUAAAAAAAUUAAUAAAAGUGAAGCGGUUUCUUUUCUGAUGUGAAUAACUGCAACAUUUGCUCUAGUGUUGAGCAGACUGUGUCAUAGUGUAAAUACCAGAUCCCCUCUCACCUUGCUGUUAUAGAACUUAACACAUAAUAACAAAGACGUUCAGUUCAUCAAAGCUGUUGUCUAAAUAACGUCAGGAGGCAUUGUAUUAUUGCUGUCCCGUGUGACACAGAACGUUCAUAGCACCUAUGGAGUCAGACGUGGCUAUGUUUUAGUAGAUGUGAAGAAGCCAAGCCAUGUAUUGGCUAAUGAUCGAUAGUAGCCACUCUAUACCCAAGAAACAACAAACAUACUGUGUAGCUGAAUCUGUAUAUUGAAAGAGAAGUUCCUGUAAAGUUUUUUUUGUAAAUGGGGAGAAAUGUUGUCCUCGCUUUCUUCUCUAGAUUACAAUUUUAGGGGGGGACAAAAAUCACUGUGUAUCACUACAAAUGAUGUAGUCAGUCACUGCUCACCUCCUCUAAAUCACCAUAUAAACAAGUUUACUUUUCCCCUAUCUGUAAAGAGGGUAAACAUUAUUUGCACUUUCAAUGUUUCAAUCUUAAGUCUUCUUGGUUUUCCCAAUGCUUUGUUAAUAUACAGUAGCAUGGUCAUGUAAUAAAAUUGGUUUUAUUUCAAA